AUGAGUAGUUCAAGGCAAAAGAAGAACAAGACAAGCUACCUGAACGGCGACUAUUCAAACCUUGCCGAUUUGGCGGAGAAAGUGGAUUGGUUUACGCAAUGCCAUUCUCCAGCGGAAAUAUUUUCCUUCUUUUCCAAAGACGAAGGGGAUGAGAAAGACAACUCGGUGAUUGCAGAAGAGGAGCACCAGGAGCUGCAAAUGGACAGCUUGGAUGAAUCCUUGACCAAUGCCAGUAAUAGUCCCUAUCCGUUGCCGGCCUCGUGUGAAUAUUGUGGUGCCAAAUCCACCCACGAAUGUUUGCCAGCAUGCACACGUCCCAAGUUCUUUCUGGUCAAGAAGCGGCCACCCUUUCUAGCGGCACCAACGCUGAAAACGGAAUGGAAUGGAAGUCAAGUAGGUGUUGGGGACAAUGGCGACAACGAUGACGUGGAUGCCUUUGAGACAGCCUCCUCUACCAUUUCCAAUUUCAACGAAGACCAAAAAAAUUGGAUGUCGGAGAUUGGAUGGAGAGGAUGA